UCACGUUUUGGUUGAUAACGACGACAGAAUUUAAAAAGACUAAAGAGCACAAUAAUUUUUAAGACUAUUUUAUCGUAAUCGUUUUCUUAUUACUUCACAGUUCACUGUUGCAAUGGUGUCCAAUAAUUACACUAUUCUUCUGUUGGAUUAACGAUGGUUUUCAUCAGAGCCUAUUCAAAUCGUAGUUGUAAUGCUUUGUCCGUGGCUAGUACGCACUGUACACUGUUGAAAGCAUACUUGGAUAGUCGUAGAAAUCAAAAAUGCCAAAAGUAUUCAACCAGCACCAGUGCUUUGCCGAAAAACUGCAAAGUCGCGAUCUGCGGAGGUGGAGUCAUGGGAGCAUCUGUCGCCUAUCAUUUAGCUCAACUAGGAUGGGGUCCACAAACCAUAGUCAUCGAACAAGACAAGUUAGGUGGUGGAGAGAAUUCUUUUUCGUCAGACCUAGUUGGUGUGUUCAAACCCACAUUGAGUCAAGUCAGACUCUGCCAAUCCAGUGUCAAGCUCUACCAAGAAUUAGAAUCUCAAGGUUUCCAAACAGGCUGGAAGCAAUGCGGUAGCCUUUGUGUAGCCAGAACUAGAGAUCGCAUGACUGUUUUUAGAAGAAUGAAAUCCCAAUCUGUUUCUUGGGGCAUUAAAUGUGAAAUAGUUGAUCCUCAAAAAGCAAAAGAACUCUGUCCACUUAUUAGAAUCGAUGACAUUAAAGGAGCCAUGUGGAUACCUGAGGAUGGUGUUGCAGAUUCUUACAAGAUAUGUCUCUCUCUAUUAGAAGCUGCAAAACAAAAAGGUGUUGUUGUACUCGAAAAUUGUAAAUUAUUGGAAGUAGUCUGUGAUAAUGGUAAAGUUGUUGCUAUUGACACAUCGAUGGGAUCAGUUGAUUGUGAUUAUUAUGUAAACUGUGGUGGUUUUUGGGCACGAAAAAUAGGACAACGUAGCAAUCCUUCAGUCAAAAUACCUCUUCACCCAGUUGAACAUUAUUAUCUCCGCACAAAUGCAAUUUCAAAUCUUGACUCUCUAACACCAGUUGUCCGAGAUCAAGAUGGCUCUAUAUAUUUUAGAGAAUUAAAUGGAUGUAUUCUAGCUGGUGGAUUUCAACUCGAAGCUAAACCUGCAUUUGAAAAUGCAAAAUGUCCAGAUAAUUCAGCUGGAAGACGGUUACCAGCAGACUGGGAUCACUUCCAUGUGUUACUCGAACAACUAUUACAUAGAGUGCCAUCAUUAGCAAAUGCUUCACUCGACAGCUUAGUAAAUAUUGCUGAAACAUUUACCCCAGACUGUAAAUGGAUUGUUGGUCAAGCACCUGAAAUUGCAAACUAUUAUGUUGCUGCUGGUAUGAAGACUGUUGGUAUAUCAGCUGCAGGUGGCGUAGGCCAAGGAGUUGCUCAAACCAUCGUUAAUGGAUAUUCACAAUAUGAUUUAUAUGAAUUAGAAAUGAGCCGUUUCUUAGGAUUACAUAAUAACAGAAGGUUCCUUAGAGACAGAGUAAGAGAAGUACCUGGCAGACACUAUAGCCUACAGUAUCCAAACAAUGAGUUUAUAACUGGACGUAAUCUAAGAAUGUCUCCAAUAUAUCCAAAGUUGAAAGAAGCCGGUGCUGUGUUUGAACAAGUCAUGGGAUAUGAGAGGCCCACUUGGUUUGAACCGGAUCUGUCCAAAGUACAUUUACAUAGUUACACGAAUACGAGAAAAUUUAUUACGGCUACAACUAAAACGUUUGGAAAACCUGAUUGGUUUGAUAUUGUUGAGGCUGAAUAUGAAGCUUGUAGAGAAAAUGUUAGUCUUUUGGAUUAUUCUUCUUUCACCAAAUUGGAUAUACAAUCCAAAGGCCGAGAAGUGGUUGACUUGUUACAGUACCUUUGUUCAAAUGACGUUGACGUACCAAUUGGUAGUAUUAUUCACACAGGCAUGCAAAACGUUCGUGGUGGUUAUGAAAACGACUGUAGUCUCAUUAGACUGUCGGAAAAUCAUUACAUGAUGAUUGCACCGACAAUCCAACAGACGCGUUGCAAGAUUUGGAUCCAACGCCAUUUGCCAAGCGAUAAUUCUGUGUCCUUGACCGACGUUACUUCCAUGUUCACUGCCAUUUGUCUCAUGGGUCCUUUUACACGACACCUAUUGUCUGAAAUGACAGAAACUGAUUUAAGUCCUAAAUCGUUUCCAUUUUUCACCUACAAAGAACUAGACGUAGGCCUAGCCAACGGCAUUAGGGCUUUAAAUCUCACUCACACCGGAGAGCUUGGUUAUGUUCUGUACAUACCAAAUGAGUUUGCUUUACAUGUUUACAAUUCAUUAAUUGAAGCUGGGAAAAAGUAUAAUUUGAAACAUGCUGGCUGUUACGCAAUGAAAGCGUUGAGAGUGGAAAAAUUCUAUGCAUUUUGGGGCCAAGAUUUGGAUACAUCGACUACACCAUUAGAAUGCGGACGAUCGUGGAGGGUGAAAUUUGACAAAGGAAUAAAUUUCAUUGGACGAGAUGCUCUGUUACGUCAGCAGGAAGAGGGUAUAAAACGAAUAUAUGUUCAAUUACUGUUGAAUGAUCAUGAUCCAGAUACUGAAUUGUGGUCUUGGGGUGGUGAGCCGAUAUUUAGGGACAAGAAAUAUGUUGGUGCCACAACAACGACUAGUUAUGGGUUCACAUUUAAAAAACAAGUAUGUUUAGGAUUCGUUCAAAACUUAGAUAAAAACGGCAAUGCUCUACCCCUGACAAACGAGUAUGUAAUGUCCGGAGAAUAUGAAGUAGAAAUAGCAGGUACACGAUACCCAGCAAAAGUAAAUAUUAACAGUCCAAAUUUGCCAACAAAAUAUCCAGACAAGGAACGCGAAUCGUAUCUUGCCACCAGAGAUAAAAUGGUAUCUGAACCAUUGUUGAGAAACAAUUGACAAGUUUAUGCAACAAAUUAAAUUCAUCCAUCCUCGAGUUUUCCUAAAUAUUAAAACAAGUUUGAGUUUCCUAUUUUUACUUAUCUCACCAAUUAUCUAGAUCUUAUAUUGUUUUGAUUUUAUUAUCAAAAGAAAGAUAAAAAAAACAACGAAAGUAUUACAGGCGUACUUGUAGCGUCAAUCGAUGUAAGUGGUAUACAUUAUUCGAAUAACCCAAUGAGUAGAUAUUUUUUGAUUCCCAGCUAUUGUAAUAGAGCUUGCGUUGGUAGUAUCACAUGUAGAUGAUGUAGUAAAAAGCGUACAACAAUUUAAUUUAUUAUAGAUUUGUAUUGUAAAUCUUAAAAAAUAAUGAAAAAAUUACUCAUGUUGUAAUUUAUAUUCAAUGAGAUUCCCUCAGGUUAUUUAUUUAUCAAUUACCAAGAUUCUGUACAACAUUUAUUAUUAUAAUAUUAUUAUAACUGUAAAUGCAAACUCUAGUCUUUAUGUAAUUCGUUGUCAACUUGUUUAUAUUACUAUUAGAGAUGUUUACAAAAUAUUUUUAAAUUGUAACAGUGAAUAUAAACCAUUAUGUUUCUUGUAAAUUCUAUAAACUGUUCAAUUAGUGAAUUUGGACUUAAUGGUAAUUAUAUACAAUGUUAAACAG